AACACACCACUCAACAGCUUCACCAUGAAGGCUUUCAUUCUUCUGGCUCUUUUCGCUGUGGCUUAUGCCGCUCCUCUGGGAGACGAUGAUGAUAAGAUUGUUGGUGGAUAUGAGUGCACUAAGAAUGGUGUUCCAUACCAGGUGUCUCUGAACAGCGGCUACCACUUCUGCGGUGGCUCUCUGAUCAGCAACCUCUGGGUUGUGUCUGCUGCUCACUGCUACAAGUCCCGUGUCCAGGUGCGUCUGGGUGAGCACAACAUUGACGUCACUGAGGGAACCGAGCAGUUCAUCAACUCCGAAAAAGUCAUCAGACACCCCAGCUACAACAGCAACACCCUGGACAAUGACGUCAUGCUGAUCAAGCUGAGCAGCUCCGCCCAAAUCAACAGCUACGUUAAGACCGUCUCUCUGCCUUCAAGCUGCGCUUCAUCUGGAACCAGCUGUCUGAUCUCUGGAUGGGGAAACAUGAGCGCCAGUGGAAGCAAUUACCCAAGCCGUCUGAUGUGCCUGAAUGCUCCCAUUUUGAGCGACAGCACCUGCAGAAACGCCUACCCUGGUCAGAUCUCCUCUAACAUGUUCUGCGCUGGUUUUAUGGAGGGAGGCAAGGACUCCUGCCAGGGUGACUCUGGUGGCCCAGUUGUGUGCAACAACCAGCUGCAGGGUAUCGUGUCCUGGGGUUAUGGCUGUGCCCAGAGGAACAAGCCCGGUGUUUACGCCAAGGUCUGCAACUUCACCACCUGGAUCAGAAACACCAUGAACUCCAACUAAGCUCGGGGAAGUUUUGAGGUCGUUAUCAUGGCGUGUUGCAAUACCAUCUGGCAAAGCAAAAAUAAAUGUCUGAUAACAAACACUGAA